CACUCGUCCGGGUGGGAAGCUCAGAGCCCGGAGCGGCCACGAGGUGGAAGCCGGGCCCGAACCACGAGCCGAACCCGAGCCACGAGCCCAGCCCGAGCCCGAGCCACGCGGCAGCUUCCGGAGCCACAGGAGGAGCGGGAGCGCGCGAGCCAUCCGCGCCCAGCCAGGCUGCGCGCCCUCCAAGGCCCGCUCUCCGAGCAUGGAGAUCCCACCCACCCACUUCGCAGCCUCCAGGGCGGCCUCGGUGGCGGAGAACUGCAUCAACUACCAGCAAGGGACUCCCCACAAGGUGUUCCUGGUGCAGACGGUGGAACAAGCCAGCACGGAGGACAUUCCAGGAAGAGGACACAAGUAUCGCCUUAAGUUUUCUGUGGAAGAAAUUAUCCAAAAACAAAUUACAGUGAACUGCACGGCUGAAGUACUUUACCCUCCAGUGGGACAAGACACUGCACCAGAAGUCAACUUCACAUUUGAAGGAGAGAUUGAGAAGAACCCAGAUGAAGAGGAUAAUGCGUUUUAUCAAAGGCUCAAGGCCAUGAAGGAACCACUAGAAGCACAAAAUAUUCCAGACAGUUUUGGAAAUGUAGCUCCAGAAAUGAAGCCAGUUCGACAUUUGGCCUGGGUUGCCUGUGGUUACAUAAUAUGGCAGAACUCUACUGAAAAUACGUGGUAUAAAAUGGUAAAAAUUCAGACUGUCAAGCAAGUGCAAAGAAAUGACGACUUUAUCGAAUUAGACUACACCAUCCUGCUCCAUGACAUUGCCUCUCAGGAGAUGACUCCCUGGCAGAUGCAAGUUCUCUGGCACCCACAGUAUGGCACCAAAGUAAAGCACAACAGCCGUCUGCCGAGAGAGGCACAACUGGAAUAAACCGAGACCUAAAGCCGGGACGGAGCAUAAACGCGCACCAGAGACGUCUGUGCCAGUCUCUGUUGGCACCCAGUUUCAGGACCAACCCAAUUCAAUCCAAAAGUGUCCUCUGUAUCAGUGUCUCGACUACAGACCUAUACAGAUUCCAUAAUGAAAAGUGUCACCGUGUAAAGACACCUUAAUAACAAUAUAGACCAUAAUAAAGAGCUUCAAUCCCA